AUGGACGUGGAGCACCUCGACGGCGAGCCAGCGCACUCAGGGUCGCUCCUGCUGGCGGCGGCGAAGUUCCACCUGCCCGCAUUCGGGCGCGGGGGCGGAGGCAAGUCCCCGAAGGCGGUCCUGUCGCUGCGGGGCUUGGGGGGCAGUGGGGUUCAGUCAGACGCGAGAGAUAGCGGCGCCGCCGGCGACGAGGAGUCGCCACCAGCGCCGGCCACCGCCGCCAGCAAGACGCGCCCGUUCGACGCGUCCGCGGCGGUGGGCAAGCCCGACUUCGAGGUGCUGCUGGACCCGGCGCCGCGCUGGCCGAGGCAGGCGCAGCCGGUGGAAUGGUUCCGCGAGGCGGCCGAGCGGAGCGGCGUCAGCGCCCCGAGGCCAGAGCUGCGCGCGCCCCGCCACAGCAGCCCAACGUUCGACCAGGCCACGCGGCAGAGGACGUUGCGCGAGAUCAAGUUGCGAGGGCGCUGGAUGUCGGACACUUCAGCACAGUGCCGCAAGAAGGGGCGCGUGGCAGAGCAGCUGCAUCUGCUCCCCGUCGCCGUCCGAGUGCGCGUCCUGGCGCCGGCGAGCAGCGUCCCGAUGGAUCAGAUCAAGCAGAUGUUGAAGGAGCACACCGCAGGAAUCGUGGCGGAGGUGCAGAAGUCUCUGCUAGGAAGCGGCGCCCCUGGCGAUGGGCUCGACAUCUCCGCGCUCACGCUGCUGCUGUCCGAGCGGGACAAGGAGGUGCAGGCGCUGGAGGCCAAGCUCGCAGGCCUCAACUCGGAGCUCGGCGCCAAGGACCAGCGCAUGGCCGAGCUGAGCGGGGAGUUGGACGCCGCUGUGCGCGAGGUGCGCCAUCGGCAGCUGGACCUGGAGUUCCAGCAGCUCAAGCUCGAGGAGCGCGUCCGCAGCAACGCCGAGCUCGAGCAGUCACAGCGCGUGCUCGCCGCCCGCGUGGAGGAGGCCGGGCUCCAAGCGAGGCACGCCGCCCUGGACGCGGAGAUGGGCACCAUGGGGACGCCGCGCUCCAUCCGCGCACAGG